CCCCAAUGCAUCUUGGGAAGAAGAAGGUGUCGUCGUUUUGUUGGAAGAAGUCCUUGACCACCUUAGGUCUUUUAUUUCGCAAAUAUUGCCUUGAUACCUUCACGUAGUAUAGUUAAGAUUAACUAACCGUAAGGAGGUUGUGCAGGGGAGAAAUGGGAGCAGAUAAGAGGAUAAGUCGAUCUGAACGGAGCGGCAGAUAUGGCUCCGACCAACCCCGCGACGAAUCCGAUUGGCGCGACAGACGAGAGCGAGAUCAAGAGCGUGACCGCCGUUGGGCUGAUGAGAGGCGAAGCGAUCGCAGUGAGGGAGAACGCCGUGGAUCCAGGGACAGUCCAGAGGUGAUUAUGCCUCAAAGAGAACGGAAAAGACGCAACAGUGAUAGAUCAGAAGAUGGGUACCACUCUGACGGAGACUACCCAGAUCAAGAUUACAGAAGAGAAGCCGGGGAUGAGAAGCGAAGCAAGACCAUCAUGCUCUGGGGUCUCUCUCCUCACAUCACCGAAGAAGAUAUUUGUUUCGCCAUUGAUCAGCUGGAGGGUCCCCAGCCUGCCGAUGUCAGACUGAUGAAAAAGAAGACAGGUAUAAGCCGUGGUUUCGCCUUCGUGGACUUUUAUCACUUGCAAGAUGCUACCCGAUGGAUGGAGACCAAUCAGAAAGAUCUGUUCAUCCAAGGGAAAAAUGUGGACAUGCACUACAGUCAUCCCAGACACAACUAUGGAGACUGGCUCUGCAAUACUUGUGGCCUGUACAAUUUCCGGAGGCGGCUGAAGUGCUUCAGGUGUGGAGCAGCCAAAGUUGAAGAUUCAAGCACUAAUGAUGUCCCCGAAACUCAAGCCAGCGGAGACUACUGUGGGGACACAAUCAUCCUGAGAAAUAUUGCUCCCCUCAGCACUGUGGAAGCCAUCAUGACCGUCCUGGCGCCAUAUGCUAAUCUUUCCCCCAACAACAUUCGCCUCAUCAAGGACAAACAGACGGGCCAGAACAGAGGCUUUGCCUUUCUUCAGCUGUCUUCUCCUCUGGAGGCAUCUCAGCUGCUUACGAUCUUGCAAGGACUGCAACCUCCACUAAAACUGGAUGGGAAGACAAUUGGGGUGGACUAUGCCAAGAGUGCUAGGAAGGACCUUUUACUUCCUGAUGGGAAUCGUGUCAGUGCCUUUUCUGUUGCUAGCACAGCAAUUGCUGCAGCCCAGUGGUCCUCAAGUCAGCCCCAACCGAGUGGAGAGGGAGCUUCAGAGUACAGCCUCUUGCAAGAAGGCUUCCCUCCAAUGUCACAGGCUUUUUAUCAAGCUGCAGGAACCAGCACUUCGCAGGAGAAUGGGCUUCUAGGAGCUGCUCCUGGAAUGAAGAUCGUUCCGACUGCAGCUGGCGUAGUUCUCUCCCCGGCUGUCCAAGUCUACCAACCUCAUAUAAUUGCCCAGCCUGCUCUUCAGGGAUUACCAUUUGGCCAGCAGUUGGAGGCUAAAUCCCAGACCGGACUUCUCCCUGGUGCUGAAGCUGUGCCUGUUGCCACGACAACAGCUGCCAGUACAGCUACAACCUCAGGACAGGCUACAGACGCUGCCCUUGGUGUUCCGGAUACAUCCACUUAUCAGUAUGAUGAGUCCUCUGGUUACUACUAUGACCCUCUAACUGGUCUGUACUACGACCCAAACACGCAUUAUUACUACAACUCUCAGACGCAGCAGUAUCUGUACUGGGACAACGAGAAGCAGACAUACGUUCCCGCCUCGGCUGACACAAACGCUGCACAAAAUGCCACCAGCACCAAAGAACCUCGAGAAGGAAAGGAGAAGAAGGAAAAACCCAAGAGCAAAACUGCCCAACAGAUUGCAAAAGACAUGGAGCGGUGGGCUAAAAGUCUUAAUAAGCAGAAGGAUAACUUUAAGAGCAGCUUCCAACCAAUCAGCCAAGAGGAAAGGAAGGAGGCAGCAGCUGCUGAUGCGGGUUUCACGCUUUUUGAGAAAAAGCAAGCUGGUGUUCUAGACAGAAUCCCACCAGAGAUGCUGAAUAUCCCAGAAGAGGAAGCAGCCAGCAGUUCUGGUAACGCCUCCAAGCCUGGCCUGGUGGCAGCCUACAGUGGCGACAGUGACCCCGAGGAGGCAGCCGAGGGUGCUGACGGAAGCCAGGACAAGAUGACUGACUGGAAAAAGCUGGCCUGCUUGUUGUGUAGGAGGCAGUUUCCCAACAAAGAAGGUUUAAUUCGACAUCAACAACUGUCAGAUCUCCACAAGAAAAACCUGGAAGUCAUGCGCCGAUCCAAAAUGAGUGAAUCAGAGCUGGAGGAGUUGGAGAGAAGAGAAUCAGAGUUGAAGUACAGGGACAGAGCAGCUGAGAGAAGGGAAAAAUACGGCAUCCCUGAACCCCCUGUCGGCAAAAAGAAGAAAUACUCCCAACCAACUCCAGCCGUUAACUAUGAGCAGCCCACCAAAGAUGGCCUCAACAGUGACAAUAUUGGCAACAAAAUGCUGCAAGCUAUGGGCUGGAAGGAGGGUAAAGGCCUUGGUCGCAACCAGCAGGGCAUCACUACUCCCAUUGAGGCCCAACUGAGAACAAAAGGAGCUGGUCUCGGCACGAAAGGCAGCAACUACACCCUGUCUGCAUCAGACACGUACAAAGAUGCAGUCCGUAAAGCCAUGUUUGCUCGCUUCACUGAGCUGGAGUGAAUGAUGAGCCUCAGAUGAAGUGAUGCUCCGAGAUUGAAUUGAAAGCAGCACAUUUUGCAUUCUCCUGCUCCUCCAUCUUGACUCUCCACCGUGGCCAAAACCACACAGUAGAACCAAUCUCAAAUUGAGGCAUGUGAACUUAAUGUAGUAAAUAUAAAUUAUACAUUGUACAUAUGCACAGUAUAAGUACAGUUUGUUUUACUUUUGUGGUGCUAAUGGGAUGUUGACUUAAAGGAAAAGUACACUUUUUAUUAUUAUUUUGCCCAUCCAUAAUCCUUGACAUGAACUUUUCUUUUUGUGCGUUCUAAAGAUAUAAAAACAGAUAAAAAAAAAAGGCAGCUUAUUAAUACACGUAAUGGGACACGUAUUCCGCCUAGAAAGCCCGUUAUUAAAACACCUUCAAAGGUCACCAACAUGGUUUUAUAGUUUUAUAUCCCUACUGUGAGCAUGUACAACAAGUACAUUAGUGAUAACAUGUUACUUACAGUAAUACUUACAGUAUUUUGCUCAUAUGAAGCAUUAUAGCGGAACUUCCUUCCUGGGUGCAUUGAUUUCACAUAGCAACAUAGAAAGGAACGCUACACUUAGCGUUAACUUUGCCAAACUCAAAAACACAGCAGCAGUGGUGGCGGCAGCUCCAAUAUGUAGCGUUACCUUUCGCUAGUGGCCUGAGGCAUUGUGAGCGUGUGUGUGGUGUGGCGAGGUGUCACGGCACCAGUAACGGAAUUUUUGGGUUUAACAAUGUCGUUGUACCUUGGUUAAUAUGCAGGUCACAUUAUGCAAAUGGAGCGUUGUUGGCGCUUUUUCAGAAGGCUAGAAUAGGUGCAUCUCAAUCUUAACUGCUUUUUUUCAUUGCUUUAGAUGGCACAGAGAAGGGAGACGUGUUCAUGUCUCAUAAGGAUUGUGGAUGAUGGACAAAAGUCAAAAAGUGCACGUCUCUUUUUAAGUAUGUUAAAACUGUACAGUUUAUACAAAAGUUUGUCUGUUUAGGGAAAAUAAAUUACACAAAUGACCUUUUUUAUGUCCUCUUUUACAGCAGUGUCAUUGUUAAAGCUUUAAGAGCCAGCAUUUGGGUGUGCAAAU